GGAAAGCCACACCAGGUUUGUAGAGAGGUCUUGAUUUCAGCAAUUUUAUUUUCUAUUAACUGAUUCGUUUUUCGCCUUUGGCAUCGUGCGUGCGAUGCGGGAAUCAGUGGCAUCAGUGGCAGCAGUGGAGUGGGUGGAGGACGAGUGGUGUGCAGCACCGGGCGAGUCAUCCCCGUCAGUCGCCGCCCCUGCACCCGCCACUUCGCCGCGUUCCACCAACGGCCCGCCCAAGCGACUCAACUCUCUCGCUUCCUCGUUUCUUCCCGCCGCCAUCUUCGCGCGCACCUCGCCGCCUGCAGCCGCGCGCCUCCUCGCCCGUGCGGCUCCGGCGGAUGGCGGUGACGAUGACGGCGAGGAGUGCGACGGUGAGGGCGGGCGGUACGCGGCGUGGGAGGAGGACGGGGAGGGAGGGGAGGAGGGGGGCGAGAGGCAUGGCGGGUUCGCGGAAGGCGGCGUGGGGUCGGCGCUGCUUUCGUGGGGUCGGAAUCUCUUCCACCGCCCUCCGCCCGCUUCUCUCUCGCCGCCCUCCACGCUGCUCCAGCCGCUCGCGCCUGUCGACCCGCGGGUUCCCUCUGCCUUCCGCCACCAUGCCGCCACCACCACCGUCGGCGGCAGCACCAGCAGCGGCGCGGACGCCGCCCAAUCUCUCGCCGGCAAGCUCUGGGGGGUGUUGGCUCCGCGCUCGACGCACGCGCAACUGCUCGGUGACGUCAGUGGCUGUGGUGCCAACGGCAUCACGCCUCACCACAGUUUACGGGGAGCAGCGCGCCAAGCUGCGCCGGACGGUGCCCGCAGCACGGCGACGGGGGGGGCUGCGGUCGAGUCUGCGCGCUCUGCUCCCGCGCAAGCUUUCAGCGCGCCAGGAGGAGUCAGGGGGAGGGGCAACUGGUCCGCAGUGGGGGGAGCGGUGAGCUCGCUGGGCGGGCUGGGCAGCAGGGAGGGGGCGGGGAGGACGGGGUCCGGUGGUAGCGAUGGUGAAGGGGGUGGGGCGGGGAGAGGCUCCGGUGAUGGCGGCGGGGCGCAUGGGGAUGGGCGUGGGGGGGCGGGGGGCGGGCACAGGUGGAGGCAGAAGGUGAUGGAGGUGCUGCCGGUGCUGGCCGUGGUGACGCUCAUGGUCUUCGGCACCGUCGCUUACCUCACCGUCGUCGACGCCAUCCUGCCUCGCCUGCGCCCUGCCUUCUCCCUCUCCUGCCCGCUGGACCGUGGCCGCUGGGCGCUCUCCUCGCGCCGCCCGCUCUACCCGCCCUCCUGCCCCUUCCUCAGGGACGACUUCAACUGCGCCAAGUUCGGCCUAUCAGCGCCUGACACGUGGCGCUGGGAGCCGUCCCAGUGCCAGGUGGCGGAGUUCUCGGCGGAGGCGUGGCUGCAGGGCAUGGCGGGGCGGCGCGUGGCGUAUGUGGGCGACAAGGCGGUGGCGAACGCGUUUGACUCCAUGCUCUGCAUGCUCGCCCAGGCCGACACCCCCACCGCCCUCCCCGACGCCUCUCCCCGCCGCACACUCCUUGCACCCAGCGAGCCCCCCACGACUCGCACUGACGCAUCCAAGGGAAGAGGCGGCGGUGGUGAGACGAGCCCUCGACAGGCUGUUAGUGGCGGCAGGCAGGGUGAGAGCGUCCGGGCUGCUGCAGAUGGCCGUGUGUUCAUUGGUGCGCUAGAUGCCCCCCCCUCCGCCCUCCAUGCCCCCCAUGCCGCCCUGGAUGCCCCCUUGGCCGCCCGUGCUGCCUCCAUGGUGCAGACCGGGGUCAGGGGCAGCGAGGGCGCAGGCAGUGAUGUGAGGCGUGGUGGUGGGAGGCACAAGAAGGCCGGGUGGGGCUGGAACCCAAUCAGGUGGGGCGGGUGGAGGAGGGCGAGCAGUGCGCAGCAGCACGUGGGAGCCGCAGAUGCUGGCACUGGCGACGCAAGCAGUGCAAGCGGCUCCACAGACCACACCUCCACACCUCCUGCUGCUGCAUAUUCCGCCUCCUUUGCACUGUUUGACAUGCAGCCGCUGCUGUACGUUUUCCCCCGGCACAACGUCACUCUUGCCUUCCUGCCCUCGCCCUUCCUGGUCAAGGCCUCCCUCCUCUCGCCAGUCAACGCCACCCUCUGUCAGCUGCAGCGGGCAGCCGCAGCCACUGCACUCAACACCUCCGCUGCCAACAGCAGCAGCAGCAGCAGCAUUGGUGGAUCCACCAGCCAAGCGCCAGAGCAUGCAGAGGGCGCGUCCCCAGCUGGGUCAAGCGGCGGGGGGGAGGGCGUGGUGCGCGAUGCGUGCUACCCGAACCGCAUCCACGUGGACGAGCCCGACCCGGCGUGGGCGCAGCAGGCGGCGCUGUUUGAUGCGGUGGUGCUGGCGUCGGGGCGCAGCUGGACGGAGGACGCCGUGGAGACGCACGGGCUGAGUGUGGUGGUGGGGGGCGUGCGGCAGAGCAACCUGAGCGUGGAGGGGCUGGUGGGGCAGUGGGCGUACCCCCUCGCCAUGGCCGCCGUCACCUCCUGGCUCGCCAACGCCUCGCACUUCAACGGCACCGCUGUCUUCCGCUCCUUCAGCCCCACGCACCCCCGCAAGCAGUGCGCCGCCCGCAUGCUCCUCCCCGAUGCUGAGCAUGCAUCGGAGGUGAUGGAGGAGGCGCGGCGGUAUGACGAUGCCGUGGCACGUGCCAUUGGGGUGGCAGCAGGGGCUCGCGGCUCCAGUAGCAGCACGGCAGCAGGUGGAGCAGCAGCAGGCGGGGUGGCAGGGAGGGCGCUCCCCCGCCUGCACUUGAUGAACGUGUCGCUGCUGACAGCGCAGCGCGCCGACGCCCACCCCUGGAUGGCGUCACCCGUGCGCCCCAAGGCGGACUGCACGGACUGGUGCCUGCCGGGCGUGCCUGACACGUGGAAUGAGCUGCUGGCCGCCACGCUGCUCAAGCUGCUCCAGCGAUAGUGAUGCCACACGUACAGAGUGAUGCCAAGUGUGUUUGGUGUGUAGUUUGUAAAAACACCCGCUACCUUGCGACUCUGAUAGUGCCAUUAUUACCA